CAUUCUAUUCCGGAAAGAGCCCAUAAUAUGGCAAAGCCAAUCACUAACAAGCCUCACUGUUGACCGGACUCUUACCGUUAAUCACAGCGGUGAAAUAUCAAAGCUGUGUUUACUAUCAGAAUUUCAUGUGGAUGUGAAUAUCGGCUGAGUACAUUAAAAGUGAUAACGAUAUAAUUAAUUGUUUAUAAAGAAAGAGCAUGUGAAAUAGGUUGUAUAAAUUUCUCUGAACCGUUUUUGUAUUGCAAGAGAGAAAUUGUUACGUAGAACUGUAACAUUAGCUGAACCUCUUAUCGAUAUGUGAAAGGUUAAUUAAAGUAAAAACUAGAUAUUCAAAUAAAGUAAUAUACAGUAAACCAAUAUGAGAGAAGGAAUUAUGCGUGAAUAAAGUAUGGAGUCUUCCGCAGUGUCUUCUAAUUUGGCUGAUACUUCGCAACCAAGCAAUGUUCAGCCAAACCCGUCAAAACCAAAAAGCAACAGAAUCCCUAAAUCAGUCUCAGUAGACAACGUUGCAAAGAAGUUCCUGAAGAACUUUGAUCCAGAGCAAAGUGAAAGAGAAAAAAGAAAGUUACAGCGCAGAACGUACCUAGGCAACAGGAAGCAUCUAUUAUAUGAUUACAAAGGUUGCUUUAUGCAAACAGGACAAGAUCUCUGUGAUUGCCUCCAAGAAGAUUGUUUGGGAUGUCAUUUCGCAUGUCCUAAAUGUUCUUCGAAGAAAUGUGGUCAUGAGUGCAGGAAUUUUCGAAAGUGGAGCUACGAGAUAAUAGAGAAUGAAGGCAGCGAUGUUGUCAUUAAAAAUCCUAACUUGAAAGAGUCAUAAAAAAAGUACAGCCAAAUUACUAUUAAGUUUUCUUUUAAUUUAAAAAUAUUAAGGUAUUUAUUAUAUAACUGACUGUA